UCGGUGAUUCUUUUGUGCUGCAAUUUCGACAUCGAAUGUUAAGAAAAUUAGAAGUACACGGAUUAAAAGGGAAAAUUACUUAUCAUAGAGGUUGCCACUAUUCGAUUAGAUAAGUCAUGUCGGAUCAGGAAGCUGGUAACGAUACAACAACGCCGAAUGUCAUUGAACUGAAUGUUGGUGGAGUUUUCUAUACUACAAACCUGAGUACAUUGACACGCGAAGCAGAUUCAAAUCUGGCAAACAUCUUUAAAGAGAAAUCAUGCUUAGAGAGGGAUGCAAAAGGCAAAUACUUUCUUGAUCGCGACGGCGUUCUUUUUCGAUAUGUAUUGGACUUUUUACGCAAUCAGGCUCUCGUGCUUCCCGAGGGCUUUCGGGAACGUGAGCGAUUGCGACUGGAGGCUAAUUUCUAUGGAUUAAGCAACCUCGAGAGGGCAAUUUUGGAGCAAAAAGAUACACUCGGUGCACAAAUUACGAUGUCACAGCGGCGUGGUUACAUCACCGUAGGUUACAGGGGCAGUUUUGCCUUUGGUCGCGAAGGCUUAGCUGACGUUAAGUUUCGUAAGCUGUCGCGCAUCCUCGUAUGCGGUCGUGUAGCCCUCUGUCGUGACGUGUUCGGUGAGACACUGAACGAGAGUCGUGAUCCAGAUCACGGCAUGUCCGACCGAUACACAUCACGCUUUUUCCUUAAACACAGCUUCAUUGAGCAGGCUUUCGAUAUGCUACAAGAGCAGGGCUUUAAGCUUCUAGCGGGAUGUGGUUCCGGUACCGCUGGUGGCAGUAAUGCUGAACUUAAGCCUGGAGUCGAUUUUGAAGAGAAUCGCUGGAAUCACUAUAACGAAUUUAUUUUCGCGCGCGACUAAAUUUAUAGACAAUUCUGUUGGCCAACGUAACUCAUCUGCGCUUAAGAGGACGU